ACAUGUUAAAUUUGCCCCAGUUAUGUUUCCGUAUGACCCAUUUGACACGAUAUGAAAUGUUAAACCAUAAUUCUACCAAAAAAAAUCACAAAAUUAUACAAACGAGCCAGCUACAAAGAGCCAACUAAGCAUAUAUGCAGGAAAGCUAGCGUAGCAAUGUUUUAUUAGCAAUAUCCUGAAGUUACUGGAGUUAGCAUCUGUAUACUAACUGUACGUGUUUAACUAGAUACUAACGUAAUUAAGCUAACGUCAGUAUAUUUAGGUUGUCGUCGCGUAAAGAGAAGCUUAAACGGCGGGAGGCUGUCAUGUCUGAUCAUCUCAGAGACAAACCCCAGAGAAGAGAGAAGAAGACGGGCAAGGCGCCCUCAGAGACCAGCCAUGGAGUCAGAGCCAAAGACCCAGCUGGCAAGACCAAGGACUCCAUAAGUACUGUGUCAUGCCUAGAGGACCCGGGACCUCAUGAUGAGAACGCACGGAUGCCCAUAACAAAGGAGAACACCUACCAGCUGGGACCCUACAAACGCUUCCCUGUUCCUGCGGUCACAGACAUACUGAAGGAUGUUCUCACCAGUUACCUCCAAGAUGAGAAAUACGAAGCAGAGUGGUCCCAAAAAAUGACAAAAACAAUAUGUGAGGUGAUAAGAGCCCGUGUGAAAGACCUCAUGAUUCAACGAUAUAAGUUUGUCGUCCUGGUCAGCAUCGGCCAGCUCACUGGGCAGAGCAUGCAGAUCAGCAGCCGCUGUCUGUGGGAUGCAUCUAAUGACACCCUCACCUCGUACUCCUUCAAGAACAGCUCUCUGUUUGGUGUGGGGACUGUCUACGCUGUUUACUAUGAGUGAAUCACAGAGGCAUCGAAUGGACUCUGAUAAGAGCUCAAGACGAUAUUUAGUCAUGCAUUUGUCAUUGUUAAGAAAAGAUAGUGUUCUUUAUCAAUUUUGUGAUGAUAAAACAACGAUUUGUAACCGAAA